ACCUGUUUAGUGUAUUUUGUAUUUUCCAAAUAGUUAUUUUAUUACCCCCUAGGUGACUUGGCCCAUUUUUAUAAAUUUCCCCCUCCACCAAAGCUGAUUUCUUCACGUUUCCCCCCUUUUUUUUUGCCUCCAUUGAGAGCUACUUGAUUUUUCCUUCCAGAGGGGCACUUCUCAAUAGCACACAAUAGUACACAACGGAGAAGGGCAAAAGAGUAGGAGUCCGUUUUGCAUAAAUUCGAGACCAUUUUGGGGCAAUUUUUUUGUGUAACUUUUUUGGUAUCCUUUUUGGGCCAUUUUUUUGUGUAAUCAGAAAGGGAAAAAAAUAAAUUCCCCCUGGACACGGCAUCAAAUAGACCCACAAUGGAAAAAACGAUGGAAGAACAAUGCGGGACCAAUUUGAUGAAGGAAGAUGGAAAGAGAAAACAAGUCAGCGAUGAGGAGUUGUCUAUGUCGGCCCAGAGGCUACUCGAGCGGAACACGCUUAAACUUGAGGAACUCAUCGAGAGCAGCUACACAAAUUGUAUAAAGAAAAGUGAUAGAGAUCAUUUCCGCCAGUACGCCCCCCGGGUAAUGUGUGGCAACCCGUGCGAGCAUUUCCCGUCAACUCCCCUUUCCGACUUUCAAAGCCCUCAGCUUUUCGAAAAACUUCCCCUGGACACGCUAUUUUUUAUAUUCUACUACCAACCGGGAACCUACCAGCAACACCUAGCCGCGAAGGAGCUGAAGAAAAAGUCCUGGAAAUACCACAAGAAAUACACAACUUGGUUUCUUCCGUGCGAUAACAACACGCGCAUGCUGAAUGACAAAACGGAGCAAGGGACCUACCUGUCCUUUGACUACGAGUCGACCUGGUCCAAACAACUGAAGGAGGAGUUCUCGUUUGAGCACAUGUACCUGGAAGACGAAAUAACGGCGUAG